CACUCAUCACUUUUGAGAAAGCACUCCUCACAACCACGAUGGUAUGUAUCUAAAAUCUUGUGGCUUACGAACAGACUUCUAAAUAGUUAAUACCGCAGAUUUCUAUUUAGUAUAAAGUGUAGUAUAUAAGUGUGUGUAAAUACUAGUUAGCGAAUUCACGUCAUCAGUCGAAGCAUAGUAAAUACCAAAUAGUUAUACUUCCACUCGUCGGUCCGUCUAUCGGCUGAAGAGCGCGCACUUUCCUUUUCCGACCAACGGCCAUACUAAUUGUCUUUGCCAAUCGCCCGAUCCAACGCAUCGAGCCCGCACCGAAUCUCGUUUCGCGACCAGAAGGUUUGAAAUCAAGACUACGUCGGUUUCCGGACUUGUUACACUCAAUCGCUUGCUGUCUCACGAAACCCUACAUCGACCGCUGCCGGACUAUUUUCGCCGUUGUCUUACCUCCGUUCACAUUCCCGGUUUAACGCAUCGAGUCCGCAACGAUAAACUCUCAGUUCGCGACCAAAAGGUUUGACAUCAAGACUACGUUGGUUUCCGGACUUGUUACACUCAAUCGCUUGCUGUCCCACAAAAACCCCUUCCGGACCAUCUUCGCCACUUGAUAACGUCUUACCUCCGUUCACAUUCUCUUUAUUUGAUUGUCCCACGUAACCCUACAGCGACCACUGCCUGACUAUUAUCGCCUCCACGAACGACAUUGUUUGACCUCAGUUCACAGUGUGAAUAAGCAGUGAGUACCUUUAAUCAAAAAACACUAAGAACUACACAAUCUUUAGAAUGGAACCGUUAAGGACGUCUAUUAAUGAUUUAGGAAUAAAUGCCAAUUUUUUGACAAUUCCAAUCGUUAAAUGUGAUGAUCAAAUAUUGAAAACAGUUAUUAAACGGGAAAAUAUUGAUGAAGCAGACCAUAAUAAUGUUGAUCAUCUAUCUAACAAAGUCACAAAACAAGAAAUUAUUGAUGAAACAAACCAUAAUAAUGAUCAAUUAUUACAGAUAGGAAUUAAAACUGAAGAAAAUAACAAAAAUUACAUAAAAAAGGAAUUAGAUGUGAUUGAAAUUGCUGAAUUUAGAGGUACAGUCAUUGUCAACCAAAGCAAAUCCAUAGGCUCUACAGUCCAAAGCUAUAAAAGAACACAUAACGGAAAAAAGCGGUAUGAAUGUUAUAGCUGUGGUAAAACUUUUUCUUACAAAAUAUUUAUAAUGAGACAUUUAAGGAAACAUACCGUUCAAACACCAUAUAAAUGUGAAAUUUGUGAUAAAGCCUUUUCUAAGAAAUCAAAUUUAACGACUCACUCAAGGACACAUACCGGUCACACGCCAUUUAAAUGUGAAAUCUGUGAUAAAGCCUUUUCUCAGAAAUCAAAUUUAACUAUUCAUAAAAGGACACAUACCGGAGAAAAGCCGUAUGUAUGUGAUACCUGUGGUAAAGCUUUUUCUAGCAAACCACAUUUGAUGAGACAUAACAAUACACAUACCGGCAAAAAGCCUUAUAAAUGUGAAAUCUGCGAUAAAGCCUUUUCUCAGAAAUCAAAUUUAACGGUUCACUCAAGGACACACACCGGUGAAAUGCGAUAUAAAUGUGAACUUUGUGAUAAAGCCUUUUCUAAGAAAUCAAGUUUAACAACUCAUUCAAGGACACAUACCGGAGAAAAGCCGUAUGUAUGUGAUAUCUGUGAUAAAGCUUUUGCUAACAAACCAUAUUUGAUGUUACAUAAAAGAUCACAUACCGGAGAAAAGCCGUACGUAUGUGAUACCUGUGAUAAAAAAUUUUCCCUCAAACAAAAUUUAACAAAUCAUAUUAAGACACAUAACGGAGAAAAGUGGUAUGAAUGUGAUAGCUGUGAUAAAGCUUUUUAUCAAAAAAGUAAUUUAACAUUUCAUAAAUUAACACAUACCGGAGAAAAGCUGUACGAAUGUGAUUGCUGUGAUAGAGUAUUUUCUCUCAAACGAAAUUUAACAAGUCAUAUUCGGACACAUAACGGAGAAAAGUGGUAUAAAUGUGAUACCUGUGAGAAAGCUUUUCAUCGGAAAACACAUUUAGAAAUUCAUAAAAGAACACAUACCGACGAAAAGCCGUAUAAAUGUGAUAGCUGUGGCAAAAGGUUUUGUGAUCGAUCAAAUUUAACAAGUCAUACAAGAAUACAUACAGGAAAAAAGCCGUUUGCAUGUAAUAGCUGUGAUAAAGCUUUUUCUAGGAAAACAUAUUUGAUGGGACAUUUAAAGACACAUACCAGCGAAAAGCCGUACAAAUGUGAAAUCUGUGAUGAAGCCUUUUCUAAGAAAACAACUUUGAAAAAACAUAUAAGUAUGCAUAGGUAACGGAAAAAAAACGGUAUGAAUGUGAGAGCUGUGUUAAAACUUUUCCUUACAAGCUGAAUAUGAUUAGACAUAAAAAAUCACAUACUAGAGUAUAUUUGCAUAAAUGUGUUAUAUGUGACCAUAUUUUUGAAAAAAUAGCAAACUUAAAAAAACAUGUGAUUACACAUCAUUUUUGAUAUGCGUUAAUUAUUCUAGGUAAUACAAUAUUACUUAAAAAGUUAUUUAUUCUUGAAUAAAUGAUAAAUAUUAUUUUCAAACAUGUAUUCGAUAUUAAUAAUAUUUAAAUAAACUCAAAAUAAUUGACGUAAUAAUAAACGUAUUUAUUAUUUAUUAUUGCCUGUAAAUCAACAUGCAUGGGUUGACUAAAUAUUACUUCUAAACUUUUAACUUGUAAUUAACUUGAAUUUAAAUUAUCUUAUAGUUUUUAUAGAUUAGUAUCUAAAAGUAUGUUAAUAUAUGUUGAUUAGUAGAUGAUUAUUAUUAAAAUUAUUUCUUAGCUGAAAUUAACUUAAUAUAUACUUGGACAUACCUAUACUCCUUCCAAUCUACAUUAUUAUAAUCAUAUUUUAUUGUAUAAAUGCCAAACUUCUGUAUAUAUAUAACAUUACGCUUUUUAAUAUGAAUGUACCUGUCCAAAGAUUUGGCUCUUAGGUAAAAUAUGAAGCAUUUCAUCAAUUCCAAUAAAUAUUUGAUGAAUAGUAAACAAUCAAAAUUCACGAUGUAUAAUAGGCAUUAAUUACUAUAGAAUACUAGAAUAGCAAAAAUAAAAUAUUAACAAAUACAUGUAUAAUUAUAUAAAUAUAUUAAAUAUUAAUACUUGUUUUACUAUAAUA